AUGCGCGGCAUGUUCCGGAACCACACCGAUUUCGACGGAAUGAUUGGCGAUUGGGAUGUCUCGAGCGUGCGCGACAUGUCUCUCAUGUUUGAGGGCGCGCUUAGCUUCGACCAAUACCUGGGAGGCUGGGACGUGAGUAGGGUCACCAACAUGAAGCGGAUGUUUGCAAGAACGCAAGCGUUUACGGGAUGCGGGAUUGAAUAUUGAGAGGAAAAAUCCCCCCUCCCCAUAUUGAAAAGGCAUGUUUCCGAAAAUUUGCGUUGCUGAUUUGAGGCCACAAAUCACAUUUGUUUUGCAAGAAGGCAAGGGCAGAAGCUUCCGCCCCAUUAUGGAAGCGACUUGUCAUGCUGUUGGGCCUAAAGCGGAGCCGCUUGCCAUGCUGAACAACUAGACGCGUACGCCCCUACCUAGCCUGGGGACCUGACUGCAAUGCUUUCCUGCAAUACAAAGCUGAUUUGUGUACUCAAAUCCAGCAUCAGAAGUUUCGUCUUGAUAUGGGGAGGGGGCAUUCUUCCUUUUGAUAUUGAAAUGUGGGACGUCUCGAGAGUGGUCACGAUGCGGAGGAUGUUUUUUCAAGCGACCGGCUUUGACGGGUUGGAGAUUGGCCAACGCUGGGACGUGUCGCGGGUCGAGGACAUGCGAGAAAUGUUUCGCGGCACGAUGAAAUUCAAUCAAUAUAUCGGAGAUUGGGAUCUCGGGAGUGCACGUCUUGCGAAGGGCAUGCUGUUUGAGGCAAUCGGGUUUACGAAGGUGAGAAUGCUGAAGAAGAAGUGGGGCGACUUCACGCCGGCGAAGUAUGUUCCGGACGCGGACCAAGGAGGAAUACCCACUAUCAAAUGUAAAAAUGUCUGGGUCUGGAAGAAUGCAACUUGUGAUGCUAUGUGUGGAAUCCAAAAAAAUCUGUACUGCAUGAGCAGCAAGAGGCGUCCAGUUUUUCCUCCGCGGAGAGGGGAUUUCUCAUGCGGGAUAGGGAUCAAGAUGCCCACAAAAAAUUUAUGAUGCUGGGGCAUACAUCACAGACGUCACGGGUCAUGCAAAAUGUGCAUGACAAACCUUGCAAUCUUCCAGACCCAGAAUCUUUUACAUUUGAUACCCACACCCUGGGUAAAAACCUUGUUCACGGGACCGCCAGCACCGCGUCCAUUCGGAACGCUAUCAAAUGUAAAAAUGUCUGGGUCUGGAAGAUUCUGAGACUUGUGAUGCACGUCUUGCAUGAGCCGUGAUGUCUGUGAUGCACGCCCUAGCAUCACAUAUUUUUUGAGGGCAUCUUGAUGCCUAUUUCGCAUGACAAAUGCCCUAUCCUUGUAGCAAGAAUUAUACUCCUUUAUUUUGCUACUCAUGCAAUACAGAUUUUUUUGGAAUCCAAGUGCAGCAUCACAAGUUGCAACCUUCCAGACCCAGACAUAUUUGCAAUGCAUAAACGCCGCGUUGGAGCGAAUUAAUGGAAAAUCGUGGGAGGUUCAGUCGGGAUACGUGGGACGCGGACGCGGAGAGCUGGGCUCGGGACGUUAUCGCGGGGCGCGUCGGGUUAUAUGACAGACUCGACGCCUGUUAUCGUGCUCUUGAGCGGCUGAUGCAAGAAGCAAGGGCAAGACCGAAAUUAUACCAAUGGCUGCGUUCAAAAAAUUAAGAUCGUCCAUCAUCGGGACGAAAAAACCUUUAUUUUUGCCGCCGUUUUGCUGAUAGUACCGAUUUUGGUCGGUUUUGCUUCAGAAUAAGAUGGUACGUAUAAUUUUGGGGAGGUUUUCUUUGGAGCGAGGAUGAUGCGAAUAUGUCGUGAGCGUGCUGGCAUCGCCGGUAGCAAUUUACCUUUGGCGUCGAGAUGUCAAGAGGAAAAAGAACGCAUUCAAAAUUUUAUUCGUGGUGCUGCUUUACAAGAACGGUCGAAUGGAAACGGUUCGCCUUCUGAAU